AUGCCACCACGACCAAUAAAAAAUCGAUUUGAAAUUCAUCGACCUUAUAUAACUCAAGAAGAAGAUGAAAUCAUUAAACUGACAGCCCAAUACACAGCAAGAAAUGGAAGUAAUUUUGUAAAAACUCUUGCUGAACGAGAACAGAAGAAUCCUACUUUUGCAUUUCUUCACAAAAAUCAUCCAAAUUAUCCUUAUUUUGCUCAAUUAUGUGAAUCAUACAAUCAAUGUCUUCAUCCAAAACAACAAUACAUUCAAUUUCUCAACAAAACAAUGGGAAAUACACAAAUCCUCAUUAAAUACUCUAAGAUGAGAGCAGACUAUGAAAAGGAGAUUGAAGAAAUGAAAAAGAAAACUGAAGAAGAUAAAAAACGAGAAGAAGAAUUAAAUCUUUCUAUCAAUUGGAAUGAUUUUGUAGUUGUUGAAACAAUUGACUUCGAUGAGUUUAUUGAGGCAGAACAUCAAAACAUAUUCUUAGAUAAAAUGGAACAAAGUAAUGAAGAAGAAAUAAGUCAAGAAACCAAAGAAGAAGAAAACCAAAGUGAUAAAGAUGAGGUAUCUAAAAUAAAGAAAGGAAAUCAGUAUGGAGAAAUGAAACAAGAGUGUCCUCUUUGUCAUCGUUUAAUUCCAUUAAGUGAAAUGGAUAAACAUAUGAAAAUCGAAUUAUCGUCUAAAACACUGAAAUCUCAACAAAAAUAA